AUGCCUCCUCGAAUACGACUCAAAAAUGGAGGAACAGGAAACGAAGAUUUCUUGACAAGAAUAACGGGUCAACAAUGGACAAAAAACCAUUAUUUUGUAUUCUUCCACACGUUCUUCAGCUUCGCUCUAAUCCAUGCUACACGAAAAACCCUCGCCACAGUUAAACCAUCUAUCAUUCUCACAUGGACUAACAACUCAACGGGAUCCCCUUUCAUGGAGUCAGAAGAACAUGCUACCAGGUUUCUCGGACUUUUGGAUACUAGUUUUAUGAUAACUUAUGCAAUGGGUUUAUUCAUAAGUGGAACACUCGGAGAUCACUACAACCCGAGGAAAAUGUUGAGCGUCGGAAUGGCAAUGUCCGCAUUUUCCGUGUUUUGUUUUGGAUUUCUCACUGAAACGUAUCAUAUAUACUCUGCUCCAUUGUACAUAUUUCUAUGGAUUAUGAAUGGAUUCUCUCAAUCCGUCGGAUGGCCAAUUGAAGUGGCGAUAAUGGGAAAUUGGUUUGGAAAGAAUGCACGUGGAACAGUGAUGGGAGUAUGGUCAGCAUGUGGAAGCACUGGUAAUAUCAUUGGAACUCUGAUAGCUAGUCAUGUUUUAACUUUUGGAUAUCAGUACCCCUUCCUCAUCAUCUGCUCACUUCUCUUCGGCUACAGUAUAGUGGUUUACUGGCAAUUGCCAUCUGCUCCUUGGGAUUUGGAUCCAGAAUCCCAUCAUGAAUCUGAUGCGAAAGAGAAAAUAGAACUCAAUCGACCUCCGGCACUUGGAUUUUUCAAAACUUGGCUCAUCCCUGGUGUCAUUUCUUUCUCCCUUGCAUUCGCUUGUCUGAAAUUCGUGAACGAUGGCUUUUUCUUCUGGCUUCCAUAUUAUUUACACGAUGGACUCAACUGGCCAGAAACAUUCGCAGAUGCAUUAUCCACGUGGUACGAUGUUGGUGGAAUAAUUGCAUCUAUUGUAGCAGGAGCAGCUUCCGAUAAGAUGAAGUCCCGAACUUCUUUGAUUUUCUAUAUGUUGGUGGCAUCUUUUGUGUCACUUUAUGUCUAUUCACAAUCUCCUGCUUCCUACACAUGGAAUGCAUUCCUUCUUCUGAUCACUGGAUUCUUUGUUGGAGGUCCACUCAAUAUGAUUUCCAGCUCAGUUGUGGCUGAUUUAGGGAAGAGUGAUAAACUGAAAGGAAAUGCAGAAGCACUUGCAACAGUUACUGGAAUUAUUGAUGGAACUGGAAGUUGUGGAUCUGCAAUCGGACAGUUCAUGAUUCCGAAUAUUCAACAUUGGUAUGGAUGGAAUUCGGUAUUUUAUGGAUUCAUGGCUAUGAUGGCUUGUACUUCAAUUUGCAUUGCUCCUGUUCUGAUGAAGGAACGACGAAAACAGAAGAAAUUGAAACAACGGGAAGAAAAAGCGUUGUUGAAUUCAGAUACGGAAAGCAGUGAAUCCGAGGACGGUGACGUAUUUUUAGGUGGAAAAACGACUAGAAGGAAACACCACGGGACGAAUUCUACAUUUAUUUAG